CCAUUCGCAUUAGACUAGGAGUUGAAGGAAAGUCGUACUUUCAACCAAUCUUCUAUGAAAAUAUGCCGCAAUAUUGUGUCGAUUGCAAAAAGAUUGGUCAUGAUGUUCUAUCCUGUUGACACAACACCAAUGCAGCAUCAUCGCACAAGGUGGUUUCGCACUAGCCUCCAAAACUCCAACCUGAUCAGCCGGAAAAAGGAAAAUAAGCAUCACAGCCAACGAGAAAGCCACCAAUCAAGGAUCAAUCAUCAUCUGCGCCACAUCUUCUGUUAGGGCUGCAAACGACGGCUGUGGAAGAAAGCGGCACUGAGGCUCAUGUUCUACUGUUGGAACCCACAAACCAGCAAUCGAAGCAGCAACCAAAGGAAAGAGCAGCAAGUACGCCGAAAUCAAUCCAAGUGUCGAUUCAUGUUUCUGAUCAGCAAUUUGUUGCUCGUUCUACUGCCGUUGAUGGUGAUCCACUGCCAAUAAUUGAGGAAGAUCGGCAACAACCUCCGGUGACAAUUGAGGGACAAAAACACCCCCAGGAUUUGCCAAAUCUAAUCAAAGCGCAACAUACUCAUAAGUCAGCGCUUCCGAGGAUUGAACAUGCUAGCAAUGCAUAUUCACUUGAACAAAGAGGCUCGGAAGAGACCAUUUAGCCUGCUAUGGAUGGUUUGAUGGUUGAAGUUGCGCCUCCAAUGUCUGUUGAAGACGUUGCUACUGAAUCAUCCCCGGCUGCGCUCCAAACCCUAACUGCGCACCAACCACUUGCUGCCAACAUCAUCCCUGUAGUUGCUGCUGAGAUACAGCAUCAGUCUUCCGCAAUUUUGAAGGUUGCUGCUGGCAGUGAAGGAAUAGCUGCAUCAUCAGAAGAGGAAAUCCGGCCGUUGGAAAUCCCCUUGACUUCGCGGCUGAAACAGAACACCGCGGCUUCUGCGACUUCAGCGCAAUCGACUCCUUCAGACCCGAAUUUUCAAUUUUGAACGUGGAAAAAUGCCGUGAUUCUCUCUCCAAAUCUAAUCCGGUUGGUUCAGUUUCAAGAGAAGAAAAGUUGAAGUCAAACUCUCCACAAUCCUCAAAUAAGGAAGGAAUCUCUUCAACAAUUUCUCCAGUAAGAGCUCCAGUGAAAAGUAAAUCCUGAGGCUCCAGAAUUUACCAUCUCUCAUCAGCCGUAAAUUCCUCUUCUAGAGGUUUUACUGCCAAUUACGGCCUCAAAAACGUAUUUGUCCAAGGAUGAUAAGGAGAUAGGGAAGAAUACUGAGACUUUUAACUCAAAUUAUUCGAUUGAAGAAAUAAAUUCUGAAGGUGGACUAAAUCAUGCUUCCAAUGGUUCUGAUGAUGACGGUUUUGAUAUGGAGUAUGCGAUAGAACAAGAGUCCUUUUACAGUGAAGUUUCUGCUCCAACAUAUCACAAUCAUUUGAAAAAAGCCAAAACUAAAAAGAAAGUUCAAGUUCGUCGGUCUGUUAGAUUGAAUAGGGAUUCAACUUUACUUUAAGAUCAAAAUUAUAUUUGAUAUAGGAUUUAGUAUAUUCGUUCCCUUAUUUUUUUCCCCUUAUUUUUAAUAAAAAAAAUUUUUUGUUUGAAAAAAAAAAUAGUGUUUAAUUCAUUUUUCUAUUGGAUGCAUAGUCUUCACCUUUUUUUAAAAAAAAUAAUUUAAUGACCUCUCUUUGAAGUUUUAUUACUUAAAAAUUUGUAAUAAUUAUUUCAUUUUUCAAUAUUAUCUCGGUUUCUUUUUUGAUUUUUUCUUGUUCUCAACUAUUUUUUUCCUCCA